AUGGAGGAGAAAUUCACCAAACUGUACAACGAAACAGUAGCCAAGAAGCGGCAUCAGAUGGCCCGGCUCUACAUGGACAACGGUUUGAUGGUAUGGAACGGAAAUGGUGCCAACGAGAAGGACAACAUCCAGAAGUACUUCCAGGAACUGCCCCGCUUCGAAUACGUUAUGAACACCCUGGUCGCUCAGCCGAGCAUUGGCGACGCUGUGUCCUCGCAGCUGACGUUCAUCAUCAAGGUUUCUGGAACGGUCAAGUUCCAGGACAAUUCUAACAAACCCUUCCAGAAGACACUCAUGGUUACAGCUCAGGGCGACAAGUGGAAGAUUGCGAGUGAUUGCUUCCGGUUGCUGGAUGCUAUCCUUUAAGGGAAUCGAUCAAUACAUUGAUGCUUUGGAA